CCGACCCAAAACACAUGUAAACCUCCUCCCGAGUCUUAAAACCUUGAUAGUCGCCGUUUUACUUCUUCGUCUUCUUCACCGCCGCUCCUCUGACCGAUGAGCAUUUAGGGUCUCUUCAAUUGAAUCAAAGGAUAUGGCUGCUUCACUCUCAAAAAGAGUUCUUCGCACUUUUGGAUCUUUCACAGCCUUAGGACGCAGCAACGCGACGAAUGCAUCUGGAAAUGGUUUAAGCUCUCGUUAUAGUGAUCUCAAGUGUGGAAUGGGUUUACUUUCAAACCGAAAGCUCUCCACUUCUAUUUUGACACCUGAUGAUUCAUUUCCUCAUGAUUUACUUUCCCAAAAGACAGUCAUUACACCAGACCGAACCAUAGGACAAUAUCAAGACUUGGUCAUUCCCGUGACUAAUUUUCAGAACGAAGACAGGGGUUUCAUGGUUUUAGCUGGUGAUGUCUUUGAUGUUCCUGUAAGGAAAGAUAUCAUUCACCACGUCGUCAGAUGGCAGCUUGCCAAACGUCAGCAGGGAACUCACUCGACCAAAACAAUAAGUGAGGUUAGCGGAACUGGUAGAAAGCCAUGGAACCAGAAGGGUACAGGUCGGGCUAGACAUGGUACACUUCGUGGCCCUCAGUUCCGAGGUGGUUGUGUGAUGCAUGGGCCCAGACCAAGAAGCCAUGCGAUAAAGAUGAAUAAGCAGGUUCGAAGACUUGGUCUGAAGAUAGCACUCACAGCUAGAGCUGCAGAAGGAAAACUCCUUGUGUUUGAUGAUUUGGCAUUGCCAACGCACAAGACAAAGAACAUUGUAAACUAUUACAAUCAAAUGGAGACCACGAAGAAAGUGCUCGUUGUAGAAGGCGGUCCUAUCGAUGAGAAGCUGAAGCUAGCCACCCAAAACCUCCACUAUGUUAACAUACUUCCAUCAAUAGGGCUUAACGUUUACAGCAUUUUGCUCCACGACACGCUUGUGAUGUCCCGUGAUGCUGUGAAUAAGAUCGUUGAGCGUAUGCACACUCCCAUCAACCGUUAAAGAGACAACAAUGUCUUCAAAUAGUAUUCCCAAUAAGACGGUUGCAAGAAAUUCCGCUUGUAGUUUCUGUACCGGCAAUUCAUAGUCAGUUAUGUAUUGGUAUUUUGGUUCAUGUCUUGACCGGUUCGUUAUUUGUUAGCUUUUCGGUCUGGUUUUGCAAAUCUCGAAUGCCAAAAGAUUUGAGUUAUACUCUCUCUUUUUUUGUGCACCUGAGUUGUACUAUUUAUCUUUUUUCUAGACAUUCUAUCAUUUUUGUUGA